AUGGAGGAGCAGCCAAUCAACUCACAGCCUGGCUCACAUGCCCCGCCCCCUGCCUCCGAGGAGGGGAAGCACCGGGACCACCUGACUGUGGCCAACGACGCCUCAGAGAGCAGUAAUGGAGUGGUCGCGCCUGCCUCUCCCUCCAAACCUCGUCCUGGCAGCAGAUCUGGGUCAGUGGCAGGAGGCUCUCCCAGGGGGUCACUUAGGGGGUCCCCCAGACCCUCUCUUUGCCGUCAGCCCAGUGAAGGUCUUCAGGAUGGAACCAAGCCGAGGGACUUCCUGCUGCUGGCCAUCCUGGCUUGUUUCUGCCCCAUGUGGCCCGUCAACAUUGUGGGCCUCACCUUCUCCGUCAUGUCGAGGAACAGCCUGCAGCAGGGGAACUUGGACGGGGCGCGGCGUCUUGGUCGGAACGCUAUGAUCCUGUCGGUCGUGUCCAUUCUGGGAGGAAUCGCUAUCAUCACAGCAGCCAUAGUCUUCAACUGGGGACUGAUCCUGAAGUCCUGA